AUGGCGAUUCGAGGGCUCGCGGUGAUGGAAGGAGAGGGAAAAGGUAGGGCGGCAACGGUGAGAGAGAAGAGGGUAGCGACGGGCAAGCGGCCGGAAGGGAGAAGAAGUAGAAUAAGAGAAGAGGAGGAGGAGAAGCUCCAGACCGGGAGCGGCGGGUCCUCCGACCAACCCAAGCCGGGGCAACGAGAUAAAAUGAUCAGGUAG